GGAAGCGAUGAACAGCAGGCCCUUCACUGAUAAAGCCUUUGCACUUGGCUUGUGAUGGAGAGAGGAAAGGUCCGGAGGCAAUUGACUCCCGAUGGCUGUCAUGGAUAUGUAUCCACCGUGGUGGGCUCCUCCGGUGAGGCCGAUGCUCUCACCGACGGCUCGUGGAUGCAAGCCUUUGGGUUGGCCUUCCUCUCCAUCAAUUCCCUCACAGCCCUCUAUCGCUCCAGGGACGACCCUUGGAACGCAGCUUUCAUUCUCGCCUCCUAUCUCGUUCUGUUGGCACUCUUCCUCUGCCUCCGUCUCUUCGACAGCCCCCACCCGGACUCCCUUAAGAGGAGGGGAGCGCUUAAGUUGGCCGUGUGGACCCUCUCCACCACUCUCGUCGCCAUGUUCUCCUAUCGCGUCGCCGCCGUCAUGCCCUUUCCGGUCGCCAUCCUAGUGUGGUGCAUGUCCGGGCUCACCAUCUCCGGCAGCUUCUACGCUUUCUUCGUCCACCAGAGCCAGGAUGACGACUCUUGUGGCGCUCCAUCGAAGCCCUGCAAGGUGUGUGAUUCGUCGGUCAGGUGGGGGGUGGAUUUCGAGAGUGGCACGCCGAUCCGCGCGCGCGACAUGGAUAUGCCUGCCAAGUUGUCGUGCUCCACGUACGUACGGCCGGUCACGUAAGAAGACUGAACCCACGCUCCCUGAAUAAGUGUCGGUGUGGAGAUCUCGUCGUCUGGGUCCGCUCAUACGUACGUACAUCUGAUCGAUCUGCGGGAGGCUACGCCGUCACGCCUGACAUUUUUCCAGUGCAGUGCAUCCAACCAUAUGGCAUCAUCCUUCCGAUCGACGCUGAGAACACACUUCCGGCCUCAAGCAACAACCACAUCCGAAUCUUCUUCACUAAUAAAACACAUGUACCAGUCUUCUUUCAGCAAGAAACCAUCAUCAUCCUCUUGCGAUCGUAA